AUUACAUAUUCUCUUGUAGGGCUGGCCGUUCUCAGUCUUCUCUCUGUGUAGAUAGAAGUUGGUAGUCCUGUACAUGUGCUCACUGAGCCAAUAAAAUCACCAUUGACCAUAGUGAUUGGUAGAAAAAAUGACAGACGGUUGCUGACAGUUGCUGACCUAAUUGCAGAUGGAGAAAAAGAAGAAAGUCGCGUGGUGAUCGGAACGUUUAUCAUGUCCUGCGAUUGUAUUAGCAAAAUCGUUUACUCGAGCGUACGAUCGCGUCGGAGCGAUCUGAAUUUUUGAAGAGAUAAGACGCACUUCGAUAGAUGCGAUAUGGAAUCAUUUUUGCAACUAUUCGAUCCACAAGAGGAUAAAAAUAUAAACAAAAGACAGUGGGACGAUUCUGAAAAUGAAGGAAAUGGAUUAUCAGAUUGUGAGACUUCUAGUCUCGAUGAGGAUCAGGAGGAACAACUACCCCCUGAGCCUGAACAAGGGAAUAUAGAGUACAAAUUAAAGCUAAUAAAUCCAUCUAGUCAACGUUUCGAACAUCUGGUUACCCAAAUGAAAUGGAGACUGAAAGAAGGACACGGAGAGGCGAUUUAUCAAAUCGGAGUGGAAGACAACGGCAGACUGGCUGGUCUAACGAAAGAGGAAAUGAAAACGUCGUUAAAGACACUUAAGGACAUGGCUUCCAGAUUAGGCGCUACUAUAAGAGUAUUGCGCGAGCGUGUGAUCGCAAGUUCCUCAAGUAAGACUUUGGCAUCGCAAACCACUAAUAUUAAGAAUAAUAGUAAUAAUAAUAACAAUAAGGAGGGGAAGAAAGUUGCCGAAGUGUUAGUGAAAAAAUUACGAAAGGACGACAGAGAGGACCAGGACAGUAUUGUAGAUUUGAGGCUGGCGGUUACCGGCGCACAGGAUGCUGGAAAGUCGACUCUCUUAGGUGUACUGACGCAAGGUGAAUUAGACAAUGGUAGAGGCAGAGCGAGACUCAACAUGUUGCGUCAUCUGCACGAAAUAAAGACAGGUCGCACGUCUUCGAUAUCGCACGAGAUCAUUGGAUUCGAUGGCUCGGGACACGUACUGAACUACGCCGAAAUGGCUACAGCCGAAGAGAUAUGCGAGCACGCCUCGAAAGUUGUCACGUUCAUCGAUUUAGCCGGGCAUCGGAAAUACCUGAGGACGACGGUGCUCGGACUGACAGGAUAUUCGCCGCAUCACGUAAUGCUCGUUGUAGCUCCGCCUCUAAACGAAGCGUCGCAGGAACACAUGGCUCUCUGUUUAGCGUUAAAAUUGCCGUUCUUCAUAGUAGUGAACAAAAUUGACUUAGGUUACUGCGACAUAUCCGAGACUUUAGUUCAACUUGAAAAUGCCAUGAGGACGCAGGGUUAUCCCAAGCAAUUAGUGUUGUUUAGCAAUGAUGUGUCUUCGUGGGACUACACGUCCGAUGUGAUACCAGUAUUUAGUAUUAGUUGCGUCACCGGCGAAGGUCUUGAGGAAUUGACCACGUUUAUUAAAAAUUUAGCCCCUUACGAAACAAAUUCGAUCGAAUCGGAUCCGGAGUCAUGUCUGUUCCAAAUUGACGAAACGUUUAGGGUGGCGGGCUUGACGCAGCCAGUUUUGGGUGGACUGCUCGUUAAAGGAGCGAUCGCACCGGGAACUCGUUUAUUGGUCGGACCUUUGCCGGAUGGUGAAUUUAGCCCAGUCAAAGUAGUUAGUCUACAUCGCAAUAAAGCUCCGUGCUGUCUAGUCAGAGCAUCGCAGAGCGCUAGUCUGACCUUGGCACCACCUACGAAUCGUAGUCCUCCUCUGCCGCAUCUUCGGCCGGGAAUGGUUUUAGUUUCUCUACGUGAUCAACCGCAUGCAACACUGUUUUUUCAGGCGACGGUAUUGAUAGUGUAUCACGCGACCGCAAUAUUUCCCGGAUUUCAAACGACUGUACACGUGGGUAACGUGAGGCAGACCUGUGUUAUCGAGGGGAUAAUGGAAGCGAACAACCGAGGGCUGCAAACAAACGACACGGCUUCCGUGCUAUUUAGAUUUGUCAGUUAUCCAGAGUAUCUUCACGUUGGAAUGCGACUGUUGUUCAGAGAGGGACGUACAAAAGGCAUCGGCAAGAUCACACAGAUCUUUCCCUUGAUCGGUUCACAGAACUCGAUGAAGUAACAGAAAUUUUACACAGUGCAAUGUAAAAUAUUAUCGAAUAUAAAUUUUCUAGUAUUUACGUGUGUGUACAUAUAACGUGAUAACGAGAAAACAAGAAAAGUGUAUAGAUGUUUCAUAGAGAAAAAGAAUUCUUCGUUUUGUUACAAAUAGUCGGAGAUUCUACUGGAAUUGAAAAAAAAAAAAGCAGACUGCGUUUUAGCGUUUCAUUGACUUAGCUAUUUCUUUUCUUUUUAUAAAAAAGAAGACGAGUUUCUUUAUUGCUUCUAAGUAAGUAUUGUAAUAUAUUAAAAGAAAUAAUUAUAUUAUUUAUUUUUUUGUUUCUAUGUAAUAAUAUAUUAAGAUCUGUACUUAAAAAUUAUUUUUAUAUUUCUCUCGAUUAAUCUUCAUACGAUUUAUCGAUACAAUAAUCAGUGCGAGAAAUAUUGGCUAUUAUUAUAAAGUGAGAAGUAUGACUUCUUUCCCUAUGUUGGUAUUGAGCCAUGAACCUUUUGCCGUACGAAUUAGUUUGGCAACACGCGAACAAAAGUGAAAAAUGAUAUUUUUUGCGAGAUGAGCCAAAAUGACAUUCUUUUUGUUUUUUUUUCAUGUUGGUUUGGUCGAUAAUCGGUAUAGCACGAGUCUAAAUACUCGUCAAAAUACGGCAAGAAGUUAAUAAUACACAGUUAGUGAACAUUCAUGACAUGUAAAGCACAGAAACUUAAUUUAUUAAAUCUUUUUGCAUUAUUCUCUCA